UAUCAGCUUCCACGGCGGCAGGUGUGCGGAAAGUGUACGGAUCGGGCCGUAAUAAAAGCUUCUUUUUUCGCCGCUACGCAUUACGCAGCCUUGAGGUUUUCAAUUAACUGAUUCAGGGUCCCGCAGCAUGGAGUGGAACUGUUUCUGUGACCAACUGUAAAAGGUGGCCCUUCCUCACGAAAGUGACGCGAUUAUUGCUUAAAUAGUUGAAAUAGGUUUUUUUUUUUGUAAUUCUUUAAUGAUAUGUGGCGACAUGACUAAUUCGCGGAUGUGCUCAAGUGUUUUGGUAAAAAAUGUAAAAACAACUCAAAUCCUACAGAUAAAGUGUGUAAAUUACAUUGAUCUCAGCUAUUUACUAUGGCAGGAUACGGAGUGUGUGCAGUUGAAUAUUUUAAUUUGUGUCAAAAAUAAAAACCCAGCAAAUAUAUCAAUCAUCUUCAAUUUCCUGAUAUCGAUAUCUAAUCAAAAAGAUAUGGCUGACUGACAUAUUCUCAAACAAUUCGUGGAAAACUUUGAGUGUUUUAGAAACAAUUAAGUGUGGUGCUAUUGAAUCAACUAAGUUGAUGAGUUUUGAGCUCCCGCGAUUAGCAUAAUAGGUCUAUCGCUUCGUAAAGCUGAAACAAUGUGAAUAACACUCCACUUUGCCCACACAAAAAGCUUAUCGGGAGCACUUACGAUUUCCUUGAACAAACCCAAACCCUGAUCGUUCAAUAAAAAGGCAUAUGCUUCAGCCGGAAUCUAAACCCACAAAAAAUACAAAACAAAUGAAAAGGCAUAUGCUUUGGCCGGGCAAAAUUUAGCCAUACCUUCAUUAUGAAAUGCAGUGAAAAAAAAUCAUUCAAGCAAGUGAAAACUAACACAUCAAGAAGUCUGCCGAUAAGAGCCAACGAAAUGUCAAUAAAUUAAUAUAAAUGAGUGACUCGUGACUUGCGGCUCUUUCGAGUCACUUCGGCCUUUCUCUGGUCGUUGGUGUUGUCGUUGUCGUUGUCGUUGCUUUUGCCGAUGGUGCCGGCUGCGCUGCUCGUCGAAGCAAAUCAACGCACGAAAAGUGAAGUGAAAAUGUCCAUGAAAACGAAAAUACCCAGAUAUUGUCAUUUUUUGAUUUGGAAUAUACAUUUCUUGUGUUCCCAGCCAUCGAGAUAUGGUCUAACAGAAUACUCGACAGUUGGUGUAUGACUAAACGAAUAAACGGUUUCUUUAAGUCAGUGCAUUGGUCAUUGGGUCUGGCCUACUAGCUAUGAGUCGGUAGUCCCCCGAAAUAACGCCAACCCCAGCGUUGGCUCCUGUCCUUUGGGCCGGCCGUUCAGGGCAUUUGAUCUAGAGCUUUUAAGCAAACAAUGAAAAUCCCCCCGCAUAAAUAGAAAACAAUUAAGCAUUUUAAACGAUAAGAGAAAAGAGAUAAAAGCCAGCAAGCAUACUGAUUCAUCGCUGUAGACCCAAUGCUGAACAAACUGAGGCGUGGACAGAGACAGGGGCAGAGCCAGAGCCAGAGCCAGAGACAGCGGCGUCGGUAUCAACAAAAACAGAGAAAUCGGUAGCCAGCCCGCCCUCAGCAGUAAUUAAAGCAGCACCAGUUGACGAUGCGCACAUUUUUCGAACUUUGAAACUUUUGUUCUUCAAACAAAUUUAUCAGAUACAAAGCAAGAGCGGCUUGGUUUUGUUGGGGCAGUUGAUAAGCCAAUGUGGUCAGCAGUGGAUCUAGUAAUAUGCUUAGAUUCUUUAUUCUUUUAUGCUGCACUUUCGUUUUUACAGAACCCUAGAUAAGUGGGUACCCGUAUAUAAUCAACACAAGACCGAAAUAAGUGUUUAAAGUUCUACCCUUUAUGAUGAAAUUGCCACCAAACACAGGAAAUGUAUACCACAAAUUUAAGAUUUAAUGACUUAUGGUUAUGGUAAACUGAUUGGUAUAAUUAAAGUGUUUCAUCUGCCUUAUCAACAAUAACAUAACAGCAAGAUUUCAGAUAAAGUGAUAAAAUAUCAACUAACCAGAUAAACUAAUAUACAUAUUUAAAUAAAACAAAUAAAAGGCAGGUGACAAUAUGGCCUGCUUUCCUCGAUUGUUCCAUCAUCGCAACAAAAACAAAUUCACUCCCGCCCAAGACGAGAACACCGACACGAUACUCAACACGCACGAUAGUCCGGUGCAAAUCGGCUUGUACAUUCGGCGCGAGGAAAAGCCCCUUUACACGCCCAUCGUUACGCCCAGUGCCAGUGAGGCCAAACUGCAACGGCUAAGACUGCAGCCCACGAGCUCCUCCUCCUCAUCCUCCUCGCCCAGCAGCUUCCCGCUGCAGACUUUGGCCGAAAAUGGCAGCGAAAACAAUACAAACAGCCUGCAGAGGCAGCCAAAGAAGUUUCGCUCCAACAAGAGCAAACUGCAGCCGAGCAAACGGAAGGAAAAGCAAGAUGACGAGCCGCAGGCGGAGGGAGACCCCGUCAAUGGCAAUGCAAUUAAUGUCACACGUUCAAAUUCCAAAUUAAAGCCAGUCAAAGAGCGGCGACCCACAGCCCUGCCCACAGAGGCGCCCAAUAUCGAGUUUGAUGACGUGGAGGAGUCGGGGGCUAAGGCCAACGCAGACGGCGGUGCCUGUGCCGAUGGUGGCGAUGCUGUGGACGGCAAGGCAACGCUCAGAGUGAAUGAGAAUGGAAUAAUUGAUGAGGUCGUCACGCCGUCGGGCACCACAUCUCCUGCAACGGAUGGGGGAAAUGUAAAGUUUUUCAUUGGUCAUACACAGGAACUAAGCACAGACCAAACAGAUGAUACCUUGUCCUGGCAGAGCAGCGACACCAACAACAACAGCAACAUAAACCGCACGUUGGCAAAUGGGGCACUGCCACAAGAUCGGCCAGAAGGUGGAGGGCAGCAGCUGCUAGAAGCUCCGCCCAACGGCAAGAGUAGCAGCAAUGUGUCACUCAAUUAUCUUACAAAGUGCAGUGGAGACAGUCACCGCCGACGACGUGCGUCUACCAUGCCAGAUAUUAACAUACCGCCUGCGCCGCCGAUGCCUGCCGAGCUGCUGGUCCCUGGAACGCCAGUACACUUGCGGAAGAAACGGAGCGUCGAAUGCCGACAGAACCUACAAACAGACGUCAAACUAAGCCCUCCCGAGGCUUCGAAUAAUCAAGAACAAAUACCAACACCUUCGCGAAACAGCGAUGGAGAGAAGAGCCGACUCACCGAAUCAUCGGCUCCAAAGGCACAUCGUGUGGAAGGUGGACUGAUCUUUGUCCGACCGAAUUACCCCAUUCAAGGCGACCUUCAAAUCGAAUCAAUUACAAAAGACAAAGCCACACGCAAUCUCAUACACAUGGCCAUUGAACGCAAUGAUUUCCUUAAUAACCUAAUGGACAAAGAGCGGAAGGAGAUGGUUAUCAAUGCAAUGGCGCCGGCUAGCUACAAAAAGAAUAGUUACAUCAUACACGAGCACGAGGAGGGCUCCGAGAUAUAUGUAUCCGCCGAGGGCCACUACGAUGUCAUACGCGCCGGACAGCUUGUGGGCAACUUUGGACCGGCAACCGUAUUCGGGGAGCUGGCAAUACUCUAUAACGCCCCCAGGCAGGCCACCAUUAAGGCUGCCACUGAUGCCCGAGUUUGGAAAAUAGCACGUGAAACCUUUCGGGCCAUCAUGCAAAUCUCCGGUUCCAGGGAACGCGAAGAAAACCUUCAGUUCCUCCGGUCGGUUCCAUUUCUGCAAGAGCUGGAAGAAAGCUUGCUCAACAAAGUUGUUGACCUCCUGCAAAGGAAAUUCUAUGAGACUGGCAGCUGCAUUGUACGUGAAGGCGAGGUGGGAAACGAGUUCUAUAUCAUUCGGGGCGGAACCGUUACCAUAAAAAAGGAGGACGAGUCAAAAGAGGAGCAAAUUGUGGCAAGGCGCAAGCGAGGCGACUACUUUGGCGAACAGGCGCUUCUGAAUGCGGAUGUGCGACAGGCCAGUGUCUAUGCAGAUGCACCAGGCACUGAGGUCCUAAAGUUGGAUAGAGAAGCGUUUAUAAGCUACUUGGGAACUAUCAAGCAACUUCGUGACAAGCCUAGUCAGCGGACCGAGCCCCAUGGUCGAUCCAGUAACAAAAGCAUGGAGUUUGACAACGAGCAUGCCCAGAUAGCCAUCUCCGAACUGAAGAAGGUGGCCACCUUGGGUGCUGGUGCUUUUGGACGUGUGGAUCUGGUGGCCUAUGGCCAGCAAACGUUUGCCCUGAAAAUAAUCAAGAAGAUCGAGGUGGUCAAGCAGGACCAGAUCGAGCACGUCUACAAUGAGAAGAACGUGAUGAUCAAGUGCCGGCAUUCGCCAUUCAUAGUGCAACUCUACCGAACGUACCGGAACGACAAAUACGUCUACUUCCUAAUGGAGGCCUGCAUGGGCGGUGAUGUGUGGACAGUGAUGUCGAAGCGGCAGUACUUCGAUGAGAAGACCGCCAAGUUUAUAGCGGGCUGUGUCGUCGAAGCCUUCGACUUUCUGCACUCGCACAACUUUAUUUACAGGGACCUCAAGCCUGAGAACCUCAUGCUGGGCACAGAUGGCUACUGCAAACUGGUGGACUUCGGGUUUGCCAAAUAUGUUCGUCCGAAUGAGAAGACAAACACCUUUGCCGGUACGCCGGAAUAUGUGGCACCCGAGAUUAUUCUGGACCGUGGGCACGAUCGCUCCGUCGACUACUGGGCGUUGGGCAUUCUAAUCUACGAACUGCUGGUUGGCAAAACGCCCUUUAGAGGCGUGAACCAAAUAAAGAUUUAUCAGCAAAUCCUCAGCGGCAUCGAUGUCAUACACAUGCCUACUCGAAUCCCCAAGUCAGCGCAGCACCUGGUGCGUCAUCUGUGCAAACAGCUGCCUGCCGAACGCUUGGGAUACCAGCGCAAGGGGAUUUCCGAUAUCAAGCGACACAGUUGGUUCGAGAGUCUGGAUUGGCAGCGACUGAAAGAUAAACAAUUGCCUUCCCCAAUAAAGCGACCCCUCAAAAGUUGGACCGACUUGCAAUACUUUGGGCCGUCCGGCGUGGAAAACGAUUAUGAGCCACCGGAAGAGUUGAGCGGGUGGGACGUGGACUUUUAGUGGCUAGGAAUGUUAAAUACAUACAUUGAAGUGUAAAGUAAAGGCUUAAAGUAUUAUAGGCGUUGCAUUUAUGUUUCUAGAAUUUUAAAUUCCCGCUAAGUUAUAUAGGUAUUGUUAAAUUACGUGACGCUUCUUCAACUUAGAUAAUAAAUGUAUCUGUAUAUAUUUUAUACACAUUUUACUUAAUGAAUAGACCUAAGAGUAGUUUAAAUUAAUUUUGUAUAAACUGAGAUACAUUUUUCCCAUUUAAUUUCACCCACGCGGUCGCUUCUGCUCGAAGUGCGGCAGUUCAAUCAUCAGCUCAUUUGUAUUCACGGAAUCAAUUAGAACAGCACACUUGUUUCCUUUGAUAUCGCCAGAACACGCCGACGAAUAAACAAACAAAUUCAAUUAAGAUGUUAUGCUACUCGUCUCUGGCCGGACGGAACUCCGGCCAGACUUACAAUAAGACUAGUUUGUCCUUAACAACUGCAAAUUAGCAAAAGACCUGCAUAUCUGUUCUCCACUGGAAGGCAGACAUUUUACCUAUGAAUGAAAUGUUUUUUGUUUAUGUUUUCUCAAUUAAAUAAAUAAGCUUGGUUCUGAAGCUGACCACUUUCUCUUUGCGAAAUUUCCCAA